AUGGCCUUUCCGUCGACAACAGAGACUCCAGGAUCCCUUGAACCUCCUGAUUCCCGAGCGUUCUCUGAAGCGCUGCGGAAGCUCUGGGAGGCACACAGUGCAGAAGUGAAGCAUUUGAAGCUUGCAAAUGAACGCUUGCGCUCUAAGCUUCAUGCUCCUGAUGGCAAAUCGGAUGUCGAGAAGGCAUCUGGAGAUGAGGUGCGCGCUCUUGCAUCAGUCUCAAGUGAUGAUACACCUCAUACACCUUCUCCAAAGAAAGAAGCUGCAGUACGUUCAGCAUGGAUGCCGGUGGUCUCUACGACCACCCCAGUUCGAAAGCCAAGCUUGUUUGAACCAGUGAUUGAAAUGCCAAGAAGUAUCUGGUUCACAGCGACGCGGGUUAUCACACACCCAAUGUUUGACUUUGUCGUAGCUUUCGUCAUCUUCUUGAAUGCCGUCGUUAUGGCUAUUGAGGCGCAGUGGCAAGGGUUGUCUGUUGGUGCUUCGCUCAACUUUGGCUCCAUCGAAUCGUACCAUGCGACCACCUGGGCUUCAGCAGAGCACGUAUUCCUUUGGAUGGGCUUUGUGUUCGGGCUCAUCUAUUCAGCGGAGCUUAUUCUGAAACUUGUAGGUCAGCGCGGAAGCUUUUUCAAGUUUGGCUGGAAUUGGAUUGACAUGAUGAUUGUUCUCUUCUGGAUAGUCGAUGUGUCUGCUGGGACUGCGCUGCCAGUGGACGCCACGCUACUGCGUGUCGCGCGUCUGGUUCGCUUGCUUCGCUUGGUGCAGCUGAUGCAGACCAUAAAGAGUCUCGAUGCAUUGUACAUUAUCACCACGGCUCUCAGCGGCAGUUUCUCCAUCCUGGCAUGGGCAUGUGUUCUGUUCUUCUUCCUCCAGAUGGGCUUGGCCCUGCUCAUAACUGGUUAUUUGACAGAAUAUUAUUUCAAUGAUGCGAACGUCCCAGAGCAGAAUCGACAGGCGGUCUAUGUCUACUUCGGAACCUUCAGCAGAUCAAUUUACAGUAUGUUUGAAAUCACACUAGCCAAUUGGCCUCCAGCCUCACGUCUUUUGGCCGAAAAUGUUUCUGAGUGGUUCAUGCUUUUCGGCAUCAUCCACAAGCUUACCAUCGGCUUCGCCGUGGUCAGCGUGGUGAACGGUGUUUUCAUGCAAGAAACUUUCCACGUCGCUGCAUCAGACGAUCGAGUCAUGAUUCAGAAGCGCAAGCGAAACUCACAAAUGCAUCGCUUCAAGAUGGAGCGAUUUUUCCGCUUGGCCGACAAGACCAGCGACGGUGCCAUAGACAUGGAUGAGUUCAGACAAAUGACUGAGCACAAGGAGGUUUCGGCGUGGUUGCAGGCAAUGGAGCUGGAUGUGUCUGAUCCAGACAAGCUUUUCAUCUUGAUUGAUAGUUCGCGGUCGAUCCAUGAAACCAUGGCAUCGACGACCGGCUUGGCUGUCCUGAUGCGCUUUCGAGCUGCUCUCUUGUCGAGAGCUUUGGAACUGGGCUUCCCGCAGCGACAAGACGGCAAGGAAGACGUCUGGCAAGUCGAGAUCUUGGAGAUGCCUCAGUGUGCAGCCACGCCUCCCAUUGGAGAUGCUGCAAACAGGGGCACCAAGAGGCAUGAGAAACGGUCCUUCCUACUGGGACGGCGACACUUGGGCCGUACUGUUUUGGCCAAGAAGCCCAAUGUGACGUCCUUUCUCCCUAGCCAGGGCUGCAUCGCUGCCCUGCUAUGGAUCCCAGACUUCCUGAACAGCCAGUUCCGCCGCUUGGCGAUUGCUGACAUGGUGGCGGAGUCAAUGUUGCGCAUCUUGGACCUGGAUCGGCUGACGCGGCAUGAGUUUGGCCUGGCGUCCGUUGUUCAGAAACUUGCUCCGCAUAUCUUCGAAAUGCUCUGCCAUGGCGAGCCAGGCAAGGUCAUGGAGGAUGGAUUCCAGAGCGAAGAGAGCGACUUUUCGCUUUCCUUCUCUUUGUCUCUGGCGCUUACAGGGCCACCUGUCCACGAGCUCCUGUACCAGGACGCCAAGCGGCGUGAAGCAGCACGCCGAGAGGCCUUGCAGCCAUCGGUGACGGUGGCCAAGCCUCGUCAUGAUCCAGAGUACAUCGAUCGUCUAGCAAAGCCAUCUCAGAGGGAAGAAGAGGAGGCUGGUGCAGGGCAGCCUGAAAUCCAUGCAAAAAAGAAGCUUCUCAACAUUGGCCGCAUUAUGGAGCUGGCUGAUGAGAAGCGAGUGUGGUACGAAGUCAGGGAGCGGCAAAGGCAAGAGAAGAUGGAUCAAGAGGUGAAAGGCUGCGAAGAUGCAGCUGCCCAGCUUCGGCAUGAGGUUGCCAGGAAGUCCCGCAUGACGAUAGCAGUGCGGCGAUGGCGAGAGAUGCUCGCACAGGUGCUCCUGAUUUCGGCAUUUGCACCUGGGUUGCGGGUGGGAAGCGAUGCAGGCCCAUCUGCGUUUGGCGGAGAAUCACGACAGCAUUCUCUCCGUGGCAGGUGGUGCGAGUGUCAGCUGGAGGGACAGAAUCCGCAUUACCAUGACUGCCCGCUUGAAGCUGCUCGUGAAAUUCAAGCAGGUUGA